UUUAGCGCGCUUUUUACAUUUUCUACUGCUUCAAUUACUAAGAGGUUGAAUCUUGAAAGUCCACAACAGCUCUGCGAAGAAUUGCUCUUCGUUCAUCUCUUCUAUAUCGAAAACCCUAAUCUAUCCACCUUAUAUCUUUUCUCUCUCUGCAAAUUUAUAGGGUUUCUCAUUUUCCGCUUCAUCGCUUAACGAUAGAUGACUUGUUAGUGUUUUGCAGAGUAAGAUGAAAUGAAGCGUGCUUACGAGGAAAUCUCCGAUGAGGAGUGGGAUAAUCACUCGUUUAAUACAUCGCGAGUGCUUAAGAAGGGAGUAGUUUCUCCUCCACCGAUUGAAUCUUUCAGUUAUCAGUCGAAGAAGCAUGUAAUCUCUGAUGAUAGUAGUGAUGAUUGUGUGGAAAUUAAAGAGAGUUUAGAGGAUGAUGAUGCAGAUGUCACUGAGGUGAGGCCUCAGGGUGGUCGUUCUCGUAGGUUUGUUGUUGAUGAGGACAGCGACGAGGAUUUUGCAGAUGUGUUUGAUGUUCGGUCGACUGAGGAGGAGAACCAGCCCGUGAUUUUGGAAGAAGACGAGGAUGAUGAUGAGGAGGAUGUUGUUGGUAAGGCUCUGCAGAAAUGUGCAAAGAUAUCAACGGAGCUACGGAGAGAGCUUUACGGUUCUUCGAUGUCAUCUUGUGAUAGAUAUGCCGAAGUUGAAACUUCUACUGUGAGGAUUGUGACUCAGGAUGAUAUUGAUGCCGCCUGUGCCACCGAAGAGUCGGAAUUUCAGCCGGUUCUUAAACCAUACCAGCUUGUUGGUGUGAACUUUCUUCUGCUGUUGUAUCGGAAGAAUAUUGGUGGAGCCAUCUUGGCAGAUGAGAUGGGUCUUGGUAAGACGAUACAGGCUAUCACGUAUUUAACGCUGCUGAAGCACUUGGACAAUGAUCCAGGUCCGCACUUGAUUGUUUGCCCUGCUUCUCUUUUGGAGAACUGGGAAAGAGAGUUCAGAAGAUGGUGCCCUUCAUUUUCUGUACUCUUAUAUCAUGGGGCUGGACGGGCAGCCUAUAAUAAGGAGCUAAGCUCUUUAUCCAAGGCUGGUCUUCCACCUCCAUGUAAUGUGCUUCUAGUGUGUUAUUCGCUUUUUGAAAGACACAGUAUGCAGCAGAAAGAUGACCGCAAGAUCCUGAAGCGUUGGCGAUGGAGCUGUGUGUUGAUGGAUGAGGCUCAUGCUUUGAAGGAUAAAAACAGCUAUCGGUGGAAAAACCUAAUGUCUGUUGCACAGAAUGCAAAACAGCGUCUGAUGCUGACAGGGACACCACUCCAAAAUGAUUUACAUGAGCUGUGGUCAUUGUUGGAGUUUAUGAUGCCUGAUAUUUUUGCAACUGGGGAUGUGGACCUCAAGAAACUAUUAAAUCCAGAAAAUGUAGAUUUAAUUGCCCGUAUAAAAUCCAUUUUAGGUCCAUUUAUAUUGAGGCGGUUAAAAUCCGAUGUGAUGCAGCAACUUGCCCCAAAGAUACAGAAGGUUGAGUAUGUAUUCAUGGGCAAGCAACAGGAAGAUGCGUAUAAAGAAUCCAUAGAGGAGUAUCGUGCAGCUUCUCGAGCUCGAGUUGCUAAAUCUUUAGAUAAUAAUUUAAGUAGCGUUGUUGGAGUUUUUCCACGGCGCCAGAUUUCUAACUAUUUUGUUCAAUUUCGCAAGAUUGCAAAUCAUCCGUUACUGGUGAGGCGUAUUUACAGUGAUGAGGAUAUUCUUCGUUUUGCUAGAAUAUUGCAUCCAAAAGGCGCAUUUGGCUAUGAAUGCAAUUUGGACAGAGUGAUUGAAGAGCUUAAGAGUUACAAUGAUUUUGCUAUCCACCGGCUUUUAGUUUUGUAUUGUGGCACAAACACAAGCGGAACUCUUCAAGAUAAACAUGUUUUGACUUCAGCAAAAUGCCGGGCAUUAGCUGAACUUCUCCCUAAAAUGAAGAGAGAUGGACAUCGAGUUCUGAUUUUUAGCCAGUGGACUUCAAUGCUUGAUAUUCUGGAGUGGACUUUGGAUGUUAUUGGAGUUACAUACAGACGCCUUGAUGGCAGUACUCGGGUGACGGAAAGACAGACAAUAGUAGACACAUUCAACAAUGAUACUUCUAUCUUUGCAUGCUUGCUAUCAACACGAGCUGGAGGACAGGGAUUGAACUUGACUGGAGCUGAUACUGUUAUAAUACAUGACAUGGAUUUUAACCCACAAAUCGACCGGCAAGCUGAAGAUCGCUGCCAUCGGAUUGGCCAAGAGAAACUUGUGACCAUAUACAGGCUUGUAACAAAGGGCACGGUAGAUGAAAAUGUUUAUGAGAUUGCAAAACGGAAGCUAGUUUUGGAUGCCGCAGUGCUCGAAUCUGGCAUGGAGCUGGAUAGUGAGAGUGAUAUUUCUGAGAGGACCAUGGGAGAGAUUUUAUCUGCACUUCUGCUGGUGUAGUAGACUCAGUCACUGAACUGCAAAGGAUCAACUUAUGAUGGCAAUGCAGUCAUCUCAAGGAUGUUAAGCCUAUUUGGGAAGACAACAAGAGCAAUAUAGCUUUUCAUCUUUUUUAAAAGAAUUAGUUGAUGCUCCAAGAUUAAAGGGCUUUGAAGUGAUUGCGCUCUUCACAAAAUUAAAGGUUGAGAUCAGGAAAGUAAGAGUUGUGGAAAGAUUCCUGGCAACUCUCACUUGUUGUAACUUUCAUUGUCAUAUUAGACAGGCUCGACUUAAUUUUCACUCCAUUUAUCACUUAGGUGUCUACUCCUAGCUGUUGUACACAUAAUUACAUAUGCUUGACACAAUUUACAUCCAUGUACAAUUGAUUUUAACUGUGAAAUAUUACAGGCCCCGUAUGGUUCUUAUA